CUUGUCACUGCACUGUGACUAUCUCCAGUUACAAGGCAUGCUUUCUUCGGAGCUGGAUUGUUGACCCCACUCCAUCCUCAGUUGCAAAACCAUGAUCGCCCAGAGUAGCUGGACACCGGUAGUGUUGGUUGUGGCGCUGGCGGCAAUAUGCUGUCAUGUGGUGCGCGGUGCAGAGCGCAAGGAGGUGUACACCGUGGGUGUGCUUAACAACAAAGGGGUAGACUACUUUGAGGAGCACUUCAAGGAAGGGUUUUCGACAUACCUGACCAACACAGCCGGUCGCACGUUCAACCCGCCCGUGACAUUCAACGCCAUCCCUGUCGCCUUCUCGGACUUUGUGAACAGCGUGUCCAAGGGCGAGCUGGACUUUACGUACUGCAACCCAACGCUUUUCAGCUGCAUUGAAUCUGGCGAGGAGAUGGCGCCGCUUCUCACCGUGCGCAAUUUCCGAUUAGGCCACGAGCUGACGGUGUUUGCUGGCGUCAUAUUCACUGCUGCCAGCCGAGAUGACAUCAACACGCUGGAAGAUGUCAGGGGCAAGCGGCUCUCCGGUGUAUCCAUGACGAGCUUGGGCGGCUUCCAGAUGCAAUAUGGCAUGCUUCACGUCGCUGGAAUCGAGCUCAUGACUGACUUUGCAAUGGUGGCGUUCAGUUCAAAUCACAGGCAAACGGUGCACGACGUCUUGGAAGGUGCGGCAGACAUUGGCUUCGUGCGCACGGACACCAUCGAAGGCAUGAUUGCCAGCGGUGCGAUUGAGGCAGACUCUUUAAAGGUGCUCAACGCGCGCGAAUCGCUGACACCGGAAGGAACAAAGUUUCCAUUUGUCCACUCCACCCCACUUUACCCAGAAUGGCCAUUUGGCGCACACCCAAGUGUGGACUGGCAGGUGCAGGAGGCGGUGAUGAAAGCCCUGCAGAGCCUGAAUGCCUCCAGCCCAACAAGCGUGCAGGGCCAGUAUGCAGAGUGGCAGCCUGGCUUCAGCUACAUCUCCUUGCGUAACCUCCAGGAGGAGCUGGGGCUACUAGAGGAAACAAGCACUGGCCGAUUCGAGUGCAGGCAAGGAGAGGAUUUGUACAGCAGUCUCGUUUGCCCAGUUGGGUUUGUGCUCAAGUCGCGCGAAGAGUUUGACACCGCGUGCGAGGAAGCAGGCAUCGCAUGUCCCACGGAGGACCACAGUUGUUUCUGCUCCCCGUGCAAGCCAGCAUGCCCACACCACUCAUCACUGGUCAACGGGAGGUGCACGUGUGGCAGCGGGUAUGUUCGGUUUGCCGGCGGUUGCGAGCGCCUCAGCACAGCACUUGCAGCCACAGUUGUCCCUGUUCUCGUUGUGCUCGUUGCCGGCGUGUACCUCCUGAUACAGUACCUCCACCGCAGAUCAGACAACCUGUGGCACAUCAACCCGGUCGAGCUCAAGUUUGAGGACCCGCCGGAGUGUCUUGGCAGCGGCAGCUUUGGCAUUGUGCUCAAGGCCGAAUACCGGGGCACGAUGGUGGCCGUGAAGCGUGUGCUGCCGCCAAUGACGCGACGCAAGGUGCGCGUACGCGCUGACGAGGAGCAUCUCACGCUCUUGGAGCAGCUUGAGCUGAGGCAGAAGGAGAAGAAGUCCAUUGGCGAGCAGAUGGAACAGUAUUUCCAGGAGGCUGCGUACGCUGCAGGCAUGCUCGUCGGCGGCGCCAACGGCGAGAGUAACCACAGCAGCAUCGGCGGCAGCCUUGCCAGUGGCCGUUCCGGUGCCAGUGGCAGCAAAUCGUCCCGGAAGUCACUGCGGUCCAAGGGCAGUUCAGGUCUGCGGCGGCGGAAACAGCUCUUGGAACUCAAGAGAUCUUUUAUGAAGGAAAUGCGAACGCUAAGCAAGCUGAGGCACCCAUGCGUCACAACGUUUAUCGGAGGCGUGGUCGAGUCGUCGUGUGACCCGAUGAUAGUGAUGGAGUUUAUGGACCUUGGUUCCCUCUACUCGAUUCUACACAACGAAACAACGGAGGUGGACGGCGACGUGCGAUACGAGCUGUUGAUUGACAUCAUCUCUGGCUGCCGUUUCCUCCACGCUGCUGAGCCCCCAAUUGUCCACGGCGACCUCAAGUCCAUGAAUGUGCUUGUGGAUGCCAAGUUUCGCGCAAAGGUGUCAGACUUUGGUCUGUCACAGGGCGGAAGCUCCAAAGGGGUGUGUGGCACGCCAUACUGGAUGGCGCCGGAGCUGUUCAAAGGAGCAAAAAACACAAAGGCCUCGGACGUGUACUCGUUCGCCAUCAUCAUGGCCGAGGUGUUUAGUCGUCAGGAUCCAUACCCGGCAAUGGAGGACAUGGACAAGGUGUUGCGAGAGGUGGUGCGACGCAAGCGGCGGCCAUCCAUUCCACGGGCAAUGCCGGCAGAACUGUCCAUCAUCAUGAAGGAGAGCUGGCACCACGAUCCUGACCGCCGCCCCUCAUUCAACGAGCUGAGCAGACGCAUGGGCCACGUCGACGCGUCCGUGUGUCGCAUUGCAGUGGAGAAGGUGACGCCGAAGAAACGCACGGGCGGCAACAGCGUACUAGAGGAGGUGUUCCCGCCCCACAUCGCAGAGGCGCUUCGUCAGGGCAAGAAGAUUGAGCCGGAGCACCAUGAGCUGGUCACCAUCUUCUUCUCGGACAUUGUGGGCUUCACCAACAUCAGCGGCACGCUCCCGCCAGAGAAGGUCAUGAAUAUGCUUGACCGCUUCUACACAAAGCUCGACAAACUCGCCGACGAGAUGGAGCUGUUCAAGGUUGAGACGAUUGGUGAUGCGUACAUGGCAGUGACAAACUUGCUCAAGGAGCAAUCGGACCACACCGCCCGCAUCGCGCGCUUCGCAGCGGCUGCCAUUCAGGCAGCGAAUGCCACAGUCAUCGAUCCCUCCGACCCAAGCAUGGGCAACGUCAACAUCCGCGUUGGCUUUCAUGCCGGUCCCGUCGUUGCAAAUGUCGUCGGCACCAAGAACCCGCGCUACUGCCUGUUUGGCGACACGGUGAACACUGCGUCGCGCAUGGAGUCCACGAGCGAAAAGAACCGCAUUCAUCUGUCUGACAUUGCGGCAAACCUGCUACGCAAGCAGGCGCCCGACAUGCCAUUGGAGCAACGCGAAAAGAUCACCGUCAAGGGCAAAGGCAAGAUGCAGACCUUCUGGCUGCUGCCGCCCGGACCCGCACCCAUGGCGCCAGCACUGCCAUCGCACGCCGUGUACCCACUCCACCUUCAGCAGUCCACGCCCUUGACACAGUUUGCAACGUCAACAAUGAACAAGAAGACACCGCGACCAUCGGAUAUGUCAAUCACGCCCCUGCCGCAACAGGAAGCGCACGUGUCCCUCGAUGACACGCGACACGUGGCACCAUCACCGCAGCAGCAGCAGCAGCACGUUGAGCAUGAGCAAGGUGAUGGCGAGUUGCUGUAUUCGCCGACAUCGGCAGGCGUUGGAGAUGCCUCUCACACGACAGCCGCACCAGCAAUCGCAGUAGCCCGCACGCCAAUCGUGUUGUCUGCUGGUAUUGAUGAUGCUGCUGCAAAGGUCAAGGCAAAGGCAAAGAAGACCGUCAACUUCUCACACAUUACAGAAGAGCGACGCAUCAGCAUGUUCAGCGAAGCCUCCACGGAGGAUAACACAAGCACAAGCCGCACCAACACGGACACUGACAGCGAGCUUGAUGACGACGAGGACGCGAUUGACACCACGCGCAGGGCUGCUGGCCAUCACCUGAUGCGUCCUGACGGGAGCACGGCACACCCACAUUCUUUGGCACACACGCAUGCUGAGCCCAACCUGAAGCAGCGACAGCGGGUGCAAGAAGACCAGCAUGGACACUGGCAACAGCAGGAAAACAGACAACAAGGGCAGCGAGGGCAGCAAGAGACGCACUUGCAUGGCCAAGUCAACGGCGGUGGUGAAGCGCAACGAGGUGAUGGCAGUGCAUCAUCAGCCCCCAAUGUCCUAUCGCUGGUGUCGCACCUGGUUCAUCAGCGGGCGCACCGCCGUGUGCGCCCGGGCACACCCCCGAGCCCGGCGCUACUCAAGCCGCCAGCCACGGACGGCAUUGGUGGCACUGACAGCAGCGACGUCAACUCCCGCAGGCCCAUGUUAAGCUUGCCAGGCACGCCAAGUGCCAUGGAUGCCUUUGACCUGUAACCUCGAAACUGAG